AUGCUGCUGGGCCUACAGGCUCUUCUUCUUCCUUUUUUUUUUUUUUUUUUUUUUUGCUUCUUUCUUCCUCAUGUGAUGUAUUUAAUCCGUUAUACGGAGUACUUUCUAGUCUUUUCAUAUGCGCGUAGCCUACCUCAAGCGCAAGGGUGA